AUAAUUGGCAACGCUGUCAACGUUGUAGGUAUUUGAACAGGCUAAAGUCGGUUGUGUUAUUGAGGUUUAUACCGCCAAUUUUUUCGGAGUUUCUUAUGGUUGUAAGGCAACAGAAUCAAUUUAUUCGAUUAUAUUAAACUCAGAAAAAAUCGAAAAAGAUGCCACGAACUAAACAGAGAAAAGUAAAACGAACUAGUGCCGGAUAUGAACAGAUUAGUCGCGAUUUUAAUAGAUUAGUACAGCUAAAAAUUCAUAAAUUAGAACUUGAUUUUAAAGGAUUGGAACAGAAAUUUGAUGCAUCCAUGCAGCUUGCAUUGAGUCGGUACCCGACGGAAAUUCAAAACUUAACGUUACGUGAACUAUUAACGAUUGAUGAUAGUCCAAAAAAAGAAAACAUUCCCCCAAAAACUCCCAGGAUCACUAAAGAGUCGAAGAAAAGUUCCUUUAAGCCACUGCGAAGUACAAAUCCAAAAAGAGUAACAGCAGUAUCUGACGAUGGUUACCAAAGUGAAUCAACGGUCAGUCAAGCAUCAAAAAUGAAUGUAAAACCUAAACGCCGGUCCAGAAGUGCGUCUCAAGACAAAACUAAAGAGAGAUUAAGAAGUUUGUCAAGAGAUAGAAAGUCAAAAUUAAAUGUCGCUAGUGCUCUGAAGACAAUUAAAAAGGACAAUAUGAAAACACCGUCGUCCAAACCAAUGCACAGUUUUGUAAUAACUCCAAAAGUGCGAUUAAACUCAGCCAUUAAUGUUUUGAGAAAGCCAAAAGAUGGAGAAAUGGUUUUCAGUACUCAAGGUAGUCCACUACUAGUUUCAACAACAGUAAACGAUAGAACAGCUAAUAUUAAUGUUCCUUUGAAGAAUGGAAAUAUCGUAUCAUUAUUGCCAUUUAAUGAAACAUCGCUUAUGGAUAAUUUACAUUUAGAUGACGAAACAAAGCACCAGUUAAAGAUCUUACAUAGCCAUCUUACAAAAGUUUUAGAUUAAUUAUUAUUUACUUGUAUAAGUACUUGUAUAAGUAAUAACAAAUAAUUUAGU